UCUGUGUUUCGCAGUGUCGGGUCGAGAUCGGUGUUAUUUAAUUUCUUGUCUUCUCAUUUGGUCUAACUAGAACAAAAAAAAAAUUAAUUUUUCUUCCAAACUAUUGUAUUUUAUAAUACGCAAUCUACAAAAAUAUCGAAUAAUAAAAGCAUCGCGGAUUCACCUCCCUUCAAAGUAAAAUCUAUAUUUUUUAUUCACGUAAGAGAUAAAACAUAGAGACUUUUGUUUUUUUGGUUGGCCCAGUGCGUUGUGACUUGAAUUUUAAUUAAAAUUAAUAAGUGUAUUCUUGGUGACCAUAAUCGCGCGCAAGUAACAAAUAAAAUUUUACAUUUUUGCAAUACAAGAAUUUUGAAAGAAGUUUCAAUAUGUCAAUAUUUCGUGCAAACGUCUUACGUCUUCUCUCCUCGACAUCAUCAUCGAUUCAUGCAAAUGUUUCCAAUGUAAAAUUCAAUUCAGCUCCAUGUCCUCCUCUUUUUGUUGGAGUCAUUCGGAAGUCGAAUCAACGCUUUAUGAGUGCAGUUGCUUUAGUUGGAGCAACGCAGCAGUUAAAUAAUUCAUUCAAUCAGCAAAAUAAUCUACAAAAGAAACAAUUGAAGGAGUUUUCCACUUCGCAAUCACAAAUGAUUCAAUCUCCAACAAUGGUCCGGCUAAUCCAAAAUACAACCAUGCCACCACCACCUAAGAAAAAUGUUCGGCCAAUCUACAUUCGAGAUCUAACUAAAAACAUGACGUUCUUUACAGAAAGUGCUAAUAAAGUUGAAUUUGACCCAAAAACAUUAACCUUUAAAACACCUAGUGGAAAUCCUUUGGUAUUGAUUAUGUCAUGGUUAUUAGCUAAACAGAAGCAUUUGAAGAAAUAUGCAGAAAUCUAUACAGAUCUGGGUUACGAUGUGUUGGUAGUUCACAUUACCCCUUGGCAAUUCAUUUGGCCAACUAAAGGAACACAGCUUGUUGCUGCUGAUACAUUAAAAUUCUUAGAAAAUAACUCAACAUAUUCUCCGAUUGUUGUUCAUGGAUUUUCUGUUGGCGCAUAUCAAUUUGGAGAAAUGAUGUUGAUAAUGUCCAGGGAUAUGAAGAGAUAUCAACCGAUCUUAGACAGAAUGAUUUCCCAAGUUUGGGACAGUGCUGCUGACAUAACCGAAAUACCAGUUGGACUUCCAAAAUCAAUUUUCCCUAAAAAUCCUCGAAUGGAAAGUGCUUUGCGUAACUACGUUCUGUACCACUUGAAAAAAUUCAAUAACCAAGCCACAGUCCACUACGUGCGAUCCAGUCAAAUGUUUCAUUCAACAUUGCUCAAAGCUCCGGCCCUAUUUCUUACGUCUAAAAAUGACCUAAUUGGACCAGUAUCAUCGAACCGUGCUGUCAGCGAUAAUUGGGAAAGAGCCAACAUUAAAGUUGAAUUUAAAAUCUGGGAGAAUUCUUUACAUGCAGCACAUUACAUAAGGCAUCGAGACGAGUAUCUUUCACUGUUGUUCAAACAUUUGGAAUAUACAGGAGCAUUAGAAAAUUCCUCAGUUAAAUCACGCGCUAAGUUAUAAACUGAUUAAAAGCAUUCAAAUAGCUAUAAACAAAUUAAAUUUUAAGUUUAAAUUUCAAAACAAAAAUUAUUAAAAAAAAAGAAAAAAUCUGUGAUUCAUUAUGAUGAACUAUUUUUUGAAAUUACACUAUAAUUUUAACAUAAAACACACCUAAACUUGAUUUUUUUGUUGUUUUGGCCUCACCUGAAUAUAUAUAAAACCGAUUUGAAUAUUUUAAAAAAAAUAUUUUUAAGUUAUUUACAAGACCUUCAAAUGAAUAGUUUUUUAUUUUUAUUUUUUUCGUUGACUGUUAAUUUGAUAUUAUUAAAGUUUCGUUUUUUAAUCCCAA